AUGAACAUCCAAACAGAUUACCAUUUAUUGAAUUCAGGUUUAUUUAUCAUGGAAGAUAAAAAAAAUAUAUCACAUAAAAAGAAAUUACAACUCAAAAAUCCCUUCGAUGAACUUUUAUUAAAGAAAAAUAAAUCCAUCGAACUCACUUCCUAUCCUUCCUUUACCGGUUCAGUAUCGUUGUUUUCCUCGUCAACGUCAUCAUCUGAUCUCAUUUACGCACCUAUCCCGCCUCCCAAGUUAUCUGUGUUGGGAGACAAUUCGCCUACUAUCUUGAAUGAUGAUGAAUCUCUAUCCAAAUUUUCGAAUGAUUAUCGCAUAGACAAGAAUGGUAACAUAGGACUCAUUUCACAAGGCUCAAGAUCGAUUUCUAAUGAAACCCUCACUACAUCUGUAAGUUUUAAUUCUCGUAUAAAUAACAAAAAUAACUAUAAUAACAAAUAUGCUUAUGAUUAUUCUUAUUAUAAUAAUGGACUCGACCAAUCCAAUCCCAAUAACAACUGGUUGAAACUGGUUAAACGGAUAUUCGAAGAUGCUCCCUUUGUUCAGGAAGAUCAAUUUUUAGAUGAAUUAAAGUACACUAUCAUAUCUUCAAAAUUAUUGUCAGAAACAUCACUAUCGUCCUCAAAGGUUAAAAUUUCACCUGUAACUAAAUCAAUUUUGGAUUUUAAAGACAAUUUUAGGUCAAACAACAAAUUAUUAAACUGCACUAAUAAAGGUGUUCUAACCAAAUACGGUUGCCUGAUUGUUACCGAGAAAAGUUUCCUGCUUCGCAGAAUAACGCCCUCAUAUAUCAAAACAGCAUUGUUUAUCUAUUCAACACUUAAAAAGUUGCUUCGCACUGCAAAUUUACCAAAUAAAAAUGUUUUUGGAGAAAGAAAACGUAUUUUUAUACUUUUAUUGAUCAUAAAUUAUUUAAACCUGCAGCAACAAACCUUUGCAUCGAAAUUUAUCAAAUACUCUACUUUGCUAAGCUUAAAAAAAAGUUUGUGUUAUUUUCAAAACUUUAAUGAUUUAGUCUCCAAGUAUUUAAAUUAUUAUAAGGAACUAGUGGCGCAACAAAACAUUACUAAUAACAAUAUCAAUGGCAACAACAAUUUUUUUUCGGAAAGAGAAAAAUCUAACGUUAUAAAAGAUUUAAAUGAAGUUCAUAUUAUGUUAAAUACAUGUUUAUUUUCUGCUUUCCACAAAGUGUUUGAUACUAUUAAACUUUUUUUACCUCUUAUUAAUAUUAACACAUUUGUUAGGUAUGUUGGAGUUUUCAAUAUCGAUUUGUUAUCUAUAUAUAAUUCCUACAAGAUAUAUCCUUCAAAUGAUCCUAUUUUACAAUAUAAAAGUUAUGUGGAAAUUAUGAAAUUUUUUCUAUGUACCAUUCUGUCAAUUUCUUGCAAUAACUCAUUUGAAAUUGACCAGGAAAAUAAAAAGUUUUUGUCAAACACCCCAUUAACACAUGACAUGCUGGCAUUUUUAGAAAAUUUAUUUCAAUUUGUUGAUAAAGAAAAUGGGACAUUUGACCAAACUGGGGGUUUUACAAAUAGUGGCGCUGGCAAUUACAAUGAUAACAGUAAAUUCAAUUGUUUGAAAUCACAGUUGCAAGACAUAAGUGAAUUUUAUAAACCAUUUAUAGAAUUGAUGGGCAAAAGAAAGGAACUUUUAUUUUAUCGGGGGGGUACUGAUGCAAUUAAUAAUAGUAACAGAUUAUCGGAUGAUGGAUUAAUUGAAGGUGAUCGUCUAUCUGCGGAAUUAAUUGACACUUUAUCUUUUUAUUUGAGAAAUAUUCAAAAUAGGUUACUCUCGGCUAAUAAAUUAAAAUUAAAUGAUCCUAAAUUUCAAACAUUGAUAAAUAAAGAGCUUAGCAAUGUUACAGAUGCGUGGAAUUCAUACAUAGUAAGAGACCCGUCAAACAUAUAUAAACAACGAAAUGAAUGCGUUUAUAGAUCAAACACUAAUAGCCUUAGGGCCUCAAACAACAAAUGUAAAGGACCAAUUAAUGGUUUAUCAUUGAAUGUUGUUAAACCAUCAAGAAAUACAUCCCUGUUACCUGUUAAAAGUCUAGGACUAAGUACUAACGAUAACCUUAUAAAUAUUGAAGAGCCGGUGGGAGAAAAUACUACCACAAAAGAAGUAGAAGAACAAGAAACGGAUGAUAACAGUUUAUCAAUGCACAAUACCACAAUUAUGACACAUGCCUCUAAAUUUAGGGCAAGCACUCCGGAAGACUAUCAUUAUUCCCCAUUGAACCCUAAACUAACUACACCUAUUGAAGAUAUUAUCGACGUUGAAGAAGGAUAUUCCAGUGGUGCAAGUUUAGAAAUGGCGGAAAGCGGCAAUGUUAUAAAACAUAAAAGUAACGCAAACACGGGCGAUCCUAACUCUGUAUACGAAAAGUUUAAACAGUUAUCUGACGACGAAUUAAGAAACAGACUGAAUGAACGAAUUAAAUCAUUUGCUAGAGAGAACAGGAAGGGUAAAAAAAUGCAAUUAUUAAGUAAGAAAAGUUUUGACUUAUUAGCUAAUAAUGAAAGUGGUACGAAGCCCACAACUAAACACCUUAUUAAACAUGCGAAGAAAAAAAAGGUGAAGAUAAUAGAAAAGAAGAAUAUAGAUACAAACUUUGUUGAGAAUGCUAGUGAUAGAUCUAGCGAAGAGUUAUUGUAUUAUGGUCUAGAUAAUCAAAGUAAACUGGAUAAUCAUUUGAAAUUUUGUAACGGCAUUUCAAAGCCUUGUGUUUCCGAUACGGGAAAUGAUAUUAUAGUUGAAAGUUUGGAAAAUAUUACAGAAGGAAUUUCGAAAAAAAUGUUCAGGGAGGAAAAUAUUCCAUUUUUUUAUGAGUUGAAUGAUAUAUUAAAUAUUAAUAAAAGCGACAAAACCGAUAAAGAUUUCGAUAACGAUUAUUAA